AUGGAACAAUCACAAAGUAACCCACAUCCACAUGAUAAUGCUGUUCAAGAUUCUCAAACUGGUUCAUCCAGAGCUGGUGUGAGAUAUGAGACCUUUGUGAUAGGGUCGGAUGAAGACCUGCAGGUCUUGUUUAACUGCCGGCAUAGUUUUCCGGAGGUGAAAAUACCUGAGUUGCUUGCAAAGUUGGAAGAUGGUGUCGACAGCUCUGGGGCAUCGGCACCGAAUCCUCAGUCGAUCACAGUUGAUGGUGUCUCGACAUCGAUGCAUGUGGUAGCAGCGGCAGUUCUGAUUCGUGAGCCCCAACGUGCUGGGGCUGUUCAUGCUAAUUUGGAUGAGGAGCUGGUCGAUAUUGGUGGGGACAGUGAUGAUGAUAUUCCAAGCAGUACACCCACAACCCAUGGAGGUUCCGGUUCUGGAACACAAGAGUACCUUCCACACCUGUCGGCCUUGAACUUGGAAGCCAUCGGCAUACACCAGAAUGUAGAGGCAACCUUCGUGGGGCAGGGUAUGCAUGAUGCGAAUCCUUUGACGAAAUUUCAGAUUGGCCAAUCGUUCCAGAGUAAGGAGGAAGUUGUGCUGAGUAUAAAAGAAUACAGCAUUCUGCGUGGAGUUGAGUACAGAGUUAUGGAGUCAGACAAUCUGAAAUACCAAGGGAGAUGCAAGGAGUUUGGUAACGGGUACACGUGGUUGAUUCGUAUAGUCAUGCAAAAAAGGAAGAGCACAUGGGAAAUUAAGAGGUACAACGGACCACACACGUGUAUGGCCACAUUGAUAUCGAGCGACAACAAACAGCUUGAUUAUCAUGUCAUAUGCGCGAGGAUGUUUCCAUUGGUUAGAGCUUAUGCGUCGGUGUCGAUUAAGGUACUGCAAGAGACAACGGAGGCGACAUAUGGUUUCAGCCUAGUUAUAGAAAGGUGUGGUUGGCGAAGCAAAAGGCAGUAG